AUGACGAUAACCGCGGACGCGACAACUCCUACCGAAACUUCUCCUCUGCUCCCAAAACCGGAUCCAAACCAUUCUACUCAAGUUCAAGAACAACGGACCAAUUCAAAGGAUGGCUCACCGCAAGAGGUGACUAAUCCUGGACAGCCUGGAACCGAAGAUGGUGGUGAUGUCGAGAGGCAGGUUAGCCACGGUGACGUCCCCAAGCACCAAGGAUUGCCGGAGGUGAAACGUCGCAUGAUAUACAUCUUUCCAGCAAUUGCGAUAGGUGUCUUCCUCGCUGCGGCAGAUCAAACGCUGGUGAUCUCGACGUACGGCACAAUCGGUACCGAACUCCAUGCACUAAACAAUACCUCAUGGGUAGCUACUGCCUACUUCUUGACGCUCUCCGCCUUCCAACCUGUUUAUGGAAAGCUUUCUGACAUCUUCGGCCGCAAACAAUGUCUCCUCUUCGCGUACACGAUAUUCGGUAUCGGCUCCUUUUGCUGUGGCCUUGCACGGAAUAUGAAUGAACUUAUAGCUGCACGCGCGUUUGCAGGCAUAGGAGGUGGAGGUAUGACUACCGUCGUGUCGAUACUUCUCAGCGAUGUUGUCACACUACGUGAAAGAGGUACCUGGCAGGGCUACGUCAAUAUCAUAUAUGCAACUGGAGCAGCUGCUGGCGCUCCAUUGGGUGGACUGCUGGCAGAUAGCAUUGGUUGGCGAUGGGCGUUCCUUGCACAGGGUCCACUUUGUGUCGUUGCGUUCAUCGCCGUUGCAGCGGUUCUCGAUCUGCCGAAAGAGGAUCAUUCCCAUUGGAAAGAAAAGGUCCUGAAGAUUGAUUUCUUGGGCGCUUUCAUACUAAUCACUGCCGUGUUUGGCCUGCUUUUGGGAUUGGAUCACGGAUCUAAUGUUUCGUGGAGCAGCCCCGUCACAAUUGGAGCACUCUGCACCACACCGUUAUUCGUCGUCUUCAUCCUUGUUGAACGAUAUGUCGCAAGCAAUCCGUUCGCCCCGUUCCGGAUCAUUCUUAACCGAAGUCUUUUCGCGUGCUACCUAUGCAAUUUCUUCUCCUUCGGCGGCUGGCUUGCUGCAAUGUUUUUCAUUCCGUUGUAUUGGCAAGUCACAUACGAUCUUUCAGCUGCAAAAGCUGGCCUGCUCCUUCUUCCGUGCAUCCUUUGCGGCGUUUCCGGAUCACUUUUUGGUGGCAUUUACAUGAAGCGUACUGGGAAAUAUUAUUAUAUCACGGCGAUCGCAUAUACCAACCUAGUUAUCGGGCUCAUCGUUAUUUUGCUAUUUUCUGGAUUAGUUACCGAAAGCAGAAUUGGAAUGGUCAUCGGCACUUGUAUAUGCUCUUUCUCGAAUGGCAUAGGGGUUACUACAACUUUGAUUGGCCUCAUCGCGAAUGCCUCCCAUGCGGAUCAGGCGAUUGCAACAGCAUGUUCCUAUCUUUUCCGCUCUCUUGGUUCCGUCUUCGGUGUGUCUAUAUGUGCUACCGCUUUCAAUAACACACUCCGAAGAGCACUCGAGUAUGCUCUUGAUGGCGAUGCAGAUGCUACAAAGAUUGCAGAAAAGGUCAGAGAAUCGUUAUCAUACUUUCGAAGCCUAGAUCCCGAACUUCAAACAAUUGUUCGCGCAUGUUACAGCAAAAGCACACAGGCAGCGUUGACUGUCAGUGUCGGAAUGGUUGCAGGGAGCGCUUUCUUCGCUUGGUUCAUCAGAGAGAAAAGGUUGGGAAACUAG